UUCCCGUUUCAUUGUAGUGAAAUCGAAGUCGCGUAAAGUAAUUGACUGUGACGGAGAAACGGCGAAAGAGAUGGAGUCUAGUUCAAGUAUUCCAAAGAGUAAUUAUCCUCCACGACUGUAUAAAGAAGGGAAAUCUCCUAUACAGACAAGAAGCAUGCACCACAACUGCACUGUGAGUAGUAUUGCAAUAAUGAAGGAUUUCAUUGGAGAUAGAGCAUAUGCAGAGAUUCGUGACAAUAGUCAAUUAGGUGUGUUACUGAAGUUGGCUGAUAGUGAGUACGUUUGGUGCUCUAAGACAGUGCAUCACUUUCUGAGUAAUCAGUUGGCGAUAGAAAGUGGGUAUGAGAUUUGGAGUUUGAUAGAAGGAUAUCCUCUCAAGUUUUCACUCCAUGAAUUCUCUGUUAUUACCGGCCUAAACUGUGAUGCAAUAGAUGAAAAAGAUAAAGUGGAUGUUGAUCACAGCGAAUUUUGGGCAGAGUUAGAAGUAGAUGCAAGUAAGGGACCAAACUGGAAAGAGCUGAAUGCGGCGCUAAAAAAAUGUAGGGGUUGGAGCUAUGAGAAGCGAAAAAUGCUUGGGAUGUUGUUUGUGUUGAAUGUUGGUAUAUUGGGGAAAUCAAGGUCUAGUAGGAUUCCAUUGGAGUAUGCUAAAAGGGUAUUUGAUUCAGAGGCUUUUGAGAGGUAUUCGUGGGGACGAGUUGGUUUUAAGAGCUUAAUAAAGUCAAUCAAGGUGGUUUCUUAUGAGAAUGGAUCCUAUGUAGUGCAUGGUUGUGUUCAUGCUUUAUUGAUUUGGGCAUUUGAAAGUGUAUCUGCUUUGGGGCAGAAGUAUGGUAAUCCAAUUGAGGGAGAUAAUGUGCCUCUUCUAAGCUGGAAAGGGGGUCGUCCAAGAUGUUGUAUUGGUGACUUCUUAGCGACGGAAAAGAAGUUACAUAAGAAGUUGGAUGUGCAACAUAUGGUUGUGCAAUCUGAGGAGGACCUUUAUCCAAAUUGGCCUGACGAGAAAGCUGUCUACGGUGAAGGGGAAGGUGCUUGGGAAUUGUUGGAUAACUUGAUGCAUGAUAUCAUGUUAGGACGUGUAGAUGGAAAGUUUUGGGAAGAGGUUCCUGGGAAGAAAAAAGGAAAGAGGAAAGCGGUAGUUGAGGAGACACAAGAUGACUUUGUUGACCCACCGCCAAAGAAGCAGAAGCAACAAAGUGAAAAGAGAUCAAAAGGAGGUGAUUCAGUAUCUGGUGGAGGGUCAGUUGGUGAAGUUUUGAAUAUGAUGACUGCAUUGGUUGGUAAAAUGGAUACAAUGCAGUCCAAAAUCGAUGGUAGAUUUGAUGGUCUUACAGAGACAGUGGGAGGGAUAGAGAAAAAGGUUAUAGAUCUUGAGAAGGAAGUUCAGAUGCUGAAGACAAGCCGUAAUGAGAAAAAAGGUGAUGAAGAAGGUUCAGUGAACAAGUCAUGGUCUGUACAGAUGAAGGAAACAUCUCAAGAAGGGUUUCCAAUUUCUUGCGUCGUACGGAAACCAAGCCAUGUGUCUAAGGCUAAAGCAGGAUUUAAUACAAGCCUUAGAAGAGAGGAUCUUUUUCAGUCAAAGUAUGUUAACGCUAGUGUUAAGGAGCCGUUUUCUGCUGCGGCUACAAACUCUAAAUCUGGUUUGCAGAAAUCCGUGACACCGAAAUCAACUGGGCCUCACAGCUCUGUCAAGAAGAAAGGCAUAAAAACAGAACCUAUUGACCCUCUUGACUCCGUCAGUCCUGUCUGUAAGACCAAGACUACUCUUGGGGUGGAUAUUGCAGAACUGUCUGAAGGUUCUGAUUCAAGUGAGAAUAAACAGAACAAGGCUUUAAAUGGAGCACUCGAUGACUUGCUUCGACUAUGUAAGAAGGACGACUUUGUAUCCCGGGUUCCUAGGCAGAAAAACCUUGCUUCAACACAAGUUCACCCAUUCAUCAGAAGUUCAUUGGUUAAGCGUAUAUUGCGGGGUAAGACGCUGUCCCCUACAGUUUACGAUCCGUUUGAAAAGGCGACACAAUUGUCGGUGGAUAUGCUAGUGGCCUUCAUUCGACAUGAUCUGGAUAACCCAUUAGAGACAAGCAACGGUGCAGCUAACUUCUAUUUGAGGAUAAUGACACCUAAAGAGGAAUGGCCUAUAGGAGAUGAGUGCUACGGAUGGCUGAAAGAUGCGCAUUUAUGCCCUGCAAUGCAAUUGCUCCAGAAGCGGUCUAUGCAACCAGUUACUCCGUUCAUCACUGAUAGGCUUGCCUUCUUAGAUUCAUGA